AUGGCACAAAGAUGUGAAAGAAGUAAGCAAGUAGCGGCUGCAAUGCGUAAUGCCAUGGAAGAUCAUGCUCGAAAGAGCCAGGACGGUAGGAUACGCAAAGGUGAUCGCAGUCACGAUGCUCGGCAAGUCCAAAACACUGUGAAUACACUGGGAGGUGCAAGCAUUAAGCUUGAUGUCCGCGAUGCGACGGCUCAGCGGAGACCCGUCGGGAAGUGUUUAAAUUGCAACCGGCAAAGACAUCUGAGAAAGGAUUGUACGAUGCCAAAGAAGAACGCUACUGCCAUUGAAGAGCUUACUAAAUCGGCUCAGCAAGCAGAGCUGGCGAGAAUUUUUACUUCGUCCUUGAGGAAAUGGAUAUGUGGAGCAGUAGAGGUCGACAACAAGUGCGAAUUGGUCAGAGAACAGAAGACAACGGAAGUUCAUCUUCUGGGCACUCCAUGCGGGGCGUUGUUGGACACUGGCUCGAAAAUCAGCAUUAUGCCACUGCAAGUACUCCAGAUAGCAUUAGAGUCCGGCUUUGACUUGGAUGCCGAUGUCGAAUAA